AUGGAUAGUGAAAUAUUUGAAAACUGGGUCCGGAAACUGGACCAAAAGUUUCGUGUAGACGGGAGAAAAAUCGUUCUUAUAAUCGACAACUGUCCAGCACACCCAUCGAUCUCGAACUUAACAAACAUUCAUCUCCUUUUUUUGCCCCCUAACACAACGUCUGUGUUGCAACCGAUGGACCAAGCUGUGAUACUAAGUCUAAAAGCGCAUUGCCGAAGGAGAGUUGUACGUUUGCUGUGCAGUGCUUUGGAGAACAACAAACCUUUGACAAAGAUUUCAAUUUUAAGCGGAAUGAAGAUACUGGCUGAUUCUUGGGAGGCUGUAACUAAACAAACCAUCAUCAAUUAUCUUCAAGAAAGUUUGGAUGAUUUAAGAGAGGCUGAUCAAUCAUUGGUACCAAAUGAUCUCAGUGCUAAUGAUCUUGUGACCUUGGAUGAUGAGGUUAUCGCAACCGCCCCUCAAAUCUCUAAUGAGGAUAUCAUUGAUGAAUUUCGGAAAUCUCAGGACGACGAAGCUGAAGACGAUGGCAGUGACAUGGAGGAUGAUUCAUUUGAUAUAGUUGUCGAAAAACCAUCAAGAUCAAAAGUCGAGUGUAGUAUUGAUCUUUUGAAAGAUCUAGCAUUGUGUUGCGAAAAAGCUUCGUAUUUGUUUUCUAAAUGUUGUUGCAUUUUAAAAGUCCCCACUCCGGUGCACUUUAAAGUUAAUGUUGCCACCUAUUUGGACAGCUAUUCAACUUGUGUGGCAGACAGCUUUUUAAUUCCGUUAUUAAUCUGA